AUGUUCAUCGGCAUCUGUGGAAGCAUCUGCGCAGGCAAGCGCACCAUUGCCCAGUAUCUGGUCGACCAUCAUGGCUUCACCUGGCUCUACUUGGAUCAUGGGUCCCGCGGCGGAACGGAUAAGGGUGUCAAUGGAGCCGGCACUCAGCCCACCUCCAACACAUCUUCCCCCCCGGAUGAGCUCCUCGACUUUGUCACCAAGCACUGGCGCGAGAGAUGGGUGACCACCGACAUCCCCGACGAAGGCAUCCUCGACAUGUACUCGCGACGACCUUUCUUCCUCCUCAUCAGCGUGGACGCGCCCCUGACCGUUCGCUGGCGUCGCUUCCGAGCGCGGCAACAGCAGCAGGAGGAGGGAGACGCCAGCCCGGACCGCGACUCUCCCUCCGUCGUCGCCGCCAGCGCCGACACCCUAGAAGCAUUCGCUCGGUUCUCCGACCAGCAGCUCUACGACCCGGCCAGGGGCAUCCACUCGCUCCUGUCCCGCGCCACGGUCCGGCUGCUCAACACGUCCUCGUCGCUCGCGCACCUCUACGCCACGCUCGGCAAGCUGGACCUGCUCAACCCGGACCGCCUGCGCCCGUCGUGGGACUGCUACUUCAUGUCGCUCGCGUCGCUGGCCGCGCAGCGCAGCAACUGCAUGAAGCGCCGCGUGGGUUGCGUCGUGGUGCGCGACAAGCGCGUCAUCUCGACGGGCUACAACGGCACCCCGCGAGGGCUCAAGAACUGCGGCGAGGGCGGCUGCGGCCGGUGCAACGCCGGCCACGGGUCCGGCCAGGGCCUGACCACGUGUCUGUGCAUCCACGCCGAGGAGAACGCCUUGCUGGAGGCCGGCCGCGAGAGGCUGCGGGAGGGCACCGUGCUGUACUGCGAUACCUGCCCCUGCCUGACCUGCAGUAUCAAGAUUGUGCAGGUCGGCGUGGGGGAGGUGGUGUAUAACCAGGGGUAUAGUAUGGAUGGGGAGGCCGCGGCCGUGUUUAGGGAGGCUGGGGUGCGGCUGAGGCAGUUUGUGCCGCCUGCCAAUGGGUUGAUUCACCUGGAAAAGCCUGAGCUAUACAUAUAG